AUGAUAUACUUUCUAGACCCCAUGAAAAUGCUAUAACUCAGAAUCAGAUUUUAUGAAUUAAAUCGACUGCAAUCCAAUUUAGAUUUAUUUACUUUGAACUUUUAAGUCUAAUCAAGAGGUAAUCUUUAAGAAAUAGAAGAGAAUGAUCUUUGGAAAUAUAUUCUUAAAUCUAUUCCAUAUAAAUUAAAAAUCUCUUAAAUUAGAGAAUAGAAUUAUUCCAUUCCAGUACCAUUUGAACACAAGUUAUCCACUGAGAUAACCCUAUAUCCGAUAUUUCAGAAAUCCCUUCUAGAAAAAUUGCAUCCCUCAAAACUAAACGAUUAGGAAUACCAACAAAUGAAGAAACUAAAAAUAUUUGCAGAUGAAUACCUAUGUUUAAGAUCUAUUAUUGUGAAUUCUAGUUCAAAAUUAGAAUUAACUAUUAUGUUGAAUUCUCUGAGUGCUAGUUUAAAGUAGAAAUACUCAGAUGCAAUUCAUUCUUUAAUUUUGUACUAUUUUAUCAACUUUCACUUUGAAUUUGAAUUUAUGCAAUUAUAUAUAGAUAAGAUGAUUCAUUUCAGAGAGAACUUGAAACAUAAAAGAAUUGCAAUCAUCGGAUAAACUUGGAGGAAUUACAUACUCUAUCAAUACUGCAAGUAAUUACACUUUCAUGUAACUCUUUUCAGAAGUGUAGAUGAACCGAAAUAUUUCUAUUCUCCCACUUAUUUGCAAAAUAAAUUGUGUUUAAAAAUAUUUCCAAAGGAACAAAUAGAAUUCCGUGAUUAUAAACCUCAUUAUGAUUAAUCGAUGUUCCAAACUUUGGCCAACGUUUUAGAAAAUCAGAAUGAAGAAUAAGCCUUCAAAAUUAUGAAUUAAGAAGUAGCCUUGUUUUUAACAUAAAAUGCACUAACUGAAUUCACAACGGUGAAAUAACUAAAAUAGCAUCUAAUCAGUAAUCACUUAAAUUAACCAAUCAUAUUUAAUAAUGAAUUUCAAUGGAAAGAAUUUGUAAGAGAUAUAAAAUCCAUUAAAUCAAUUAAAGUUAAGAACAAAAUACAAGUUAAAUGUGAUAGUAAAAUAUUUGAAUUUGACUUUCUGGUUUUUGGAGAUUCUAAUCAGUUUGUAAAUUCCUUAAUAUCUUCCCAAAGCAUCAUUAAGGAUAAUCCUUCAUUUGACCCAGAAUUUAUUCUGAAAAUCAAGCCCUUAUUUUAGGGAUUGAAAAUGAUGUAUAUUACUAAAGCGAUCUGCAAAUUCACAAGUACAUUUUGGCCCUAAAAUUAUGUUAGAUAAGUGAUGUAUGAUAAUAGUUUGAUGAUUAUCUAUGAUUUUUAUUAAGAUUCUCUACUCAUCGAAUUAUAAAAGCCUUACAAGGAAGUAGUUAAGAAAUUUGAUUAUCAUAAAAGAGAGAUUAUAAAAAUCCUUCAAGAAACCUUCAAAGAUGAAAUUAAUCGUGAUAACACACGUUCUAUUGAAUUAUUCCCUUGCGACUACUUCGUAUAAAGUGAAUUUGAAUUCAACAAGAUCUUUAAAGAGUCCAACAUCUAUUUUAAUCUACCAAUUAUACUCGGAAAUGGCAUCAACCUCCUAACUUAAUCAAUUUAGAAUGCUCAAAUGAUAAUACAAGAUAUCUAUUUAGACUCAGAGAACCCAGAUUAUUCUAAAGUGAAAGUGCAAGAAGAAAGUAUCAUUUAGGGCACAUUUGGAUUGAAUGUUAAUUUAAGUGGCAUAAAAUUGCCUUACGAAUUUAAGAAAUACAAUUAUAUAUUGGAUUAGGGGAACAGCAAAGGGAUCCAUUUUUAAUGUUUGGUAUUCUUCUAAAGUAAAUUAACUGAUGAAUCGAUUCACUAUUUAUUUACAAUUAUAGAGGACAAUCUAUCAAGAAAGAUUUAUGUUUUAGUUGCAGAGGAUGAUCAGAAAAAUAUUAUUAUGGAAAGAUCACUCAAUAAAUUGUACUAUUACUUAUGUAAUACAGACAAUUAAUAAUAGGAGGAAAUUAAUUUAUACCAUUAUGUCAAUCCAAGGUUUAAGUUUCCAAAUAUAUACCCAGAGCUAUUAUUGUAAGGAACUAUAGAUAAUUAUGCAACGAAUGAGAUGAUUCACAAAAUGGCAAAGUGUUGUAUGGGUUCAUUAUUUAUUGGUUUAGAACAUCCAUCAAUAAAAUUAUUAAGCAGAGCUAUGAAAUACAAGCAAGCCAAAUUCCCCUAAUAUUUUCUCAAUCUAAUUAACAAACCAAUAAUUGCUGGAAAAUUUGAAUUAAAGGUUCAAUUUGAUGGUGGUUUAAAGAUCACGCGAAGAUUCUUGAGUACUCAGAAAAAUGAAUACUAGGUUUAUCAUAUAGAUAUAAACUAAAAUUAUGAUAUAUUUAUUACGGAAUUAGAUAUGAUCGAAAAAAAUGUGAAAGAAAUAUGGGAUCACAUGUAUUAUUGUUUUUUGGAUAAAUAUAAUAUGAAAUAGUUCUAUUAUGAGAUGCUAGAAUUCAUUGAAGGAGAACAAAAGAUAAUAAAUUAGUUUAAAGAUUGGAAUAAAAUAAUCCAGCCAACAGAAUAAUAGAGAACCUUCUAACCGUAAAGAAUGUAAAUUGCAUAGUCUGAUCUAUUAUACUCUACAAUGAAAUAGGAUGAUACAUUUGAAAUUGUAAAUGGAAAAUUAUAUUUUUGUUAAAAUGGAAAUCGUCUAAUAUCAAAAAGUAGAGAUAUAAGAAAUAAUGAAUAGAAUUUAAUUAAAUAAUGACAUUGUGCCACCAUUAUUGUAUUAUAAUAAGAAUCUUAAAAAUCCAAUA